AUGCACCCGAUACUCGAAUCGUACGCGUACGCAACGCACGUGCAGUUCCCCAAACACCUCCUCCUGCAAUCCUCCUCGUCCCUGGACGGAAACAGCUCGACAAAAUCCGGCACCUUCAUAAACCGCAACCUCAAGAAACCAUCUUCCCCUCCAUUACUACACGCUAGUGCCAUUCUCCUCCGGCACCCGCCCGUCCAAUUCCCGCGCGCCCACUCGUCCGCAUCCGCCGGCUCAAACCCUCUCAGACACGAACAAACGGGCGAACUCCUCGAGUCGCAGCUCCCGUGGGGCCCACACGCCCCGUACAUGUCGCACUCGUUCUGCGGGGCCGACCACGUCACGUCCCAUCUCCCCGUCCCGUCGUUCCACAGCGUUUGCACGAGCCUCCCGGAUGGUUCCAACGGCCGCCCGUCUUCCCUCCACGUCACGAUCUGGGGUAUGGGUCGGGCCUCGAGGCCCGCCGUGAAGAGGCCCGUGCCCGGGUCCGACCUGUUCUUCCAAGACGAGACGACGACCUUGCGGCCCGUGCUCGGGUCGUCGACUAUUCUCAUGGUGGGGAGGAAGACGUCGGUCGGCCGGGAAAAGGAUUCCCAUAGGGUGGAGGCUCCUUCCCGGAGGACGAGGUUUCCGGUGUCGAGAAUGCGGAGAGUGGUGUUGGCUCGGGAGGUGACGUUUGUUGACCAUACGAACGAGGUUGCCGUUUUCGGAGAAGGUGAGGGAGCCGGAGGUGUCGUGGAGGGGUUGGUCUCGGUUCGCGACCCAUACGGCGGUUUUUGGGGAGAAAGCAAGCCGAGCUUGAAGGUGUUGCGGCUGGAGACGAGUGAGUCGGGGUAUCGGAGGGUUGUGUUGGGUGUGAGAGUGUCUGUUUGUGAAGAGAAACAGAGGUGGGGAAUGAAGAGAGUGAUGAUGAAGAGGAAAAGGAUUAUCAAGCCUGAUCCUAGUCAGAACGUCUAUAAAACAGGACGAAUUCAACUAUAA